AUGGUGUACAAGUCGUUGACUGACGUUCCUCACAACCUCAAGGAGGGUAUUGACUGGUUGAUAGCGCUGAGGGGAACUGAUGCUGAAAGCAACUUGAAGGCUAUGGGUGCUGCAGUUUACAAAUUCCUCGCAGACAAACCCGUUGGCAAGAUGGAGCUGCCAGCUCUCGAGAAAGUUAAACGUAUUUCUAAAGAGUUCGUAAAGAACCCGGAACUUAAGAACAUGGUGCCCGCAAACAUGAUGGUGAAGAGAUUCAAUACGCCUAUGAAUAAAAACCUCAGUGGUUACGCAAGGUACAUUAGCACUGUCCGUGAAAGUGAUUACGAUAACGUCCUACAGACCAAGGGUCUCACUGCUGAGACUGUCGCAGAGAACCUAAGUGACGUUGUGGAUGGCUGUGAGAAGUUCUUGGAAAAGAUAAAAAGUCCUGAUGAGUACAAGUCUGCUUACAGUUCAAAAGCGACGUGGGAUAGAUCAUGCGCGAAGGACCCGGAAGCCUGCGCAGUGGUCCUGGUGGGAAUCGCGCCAAUGCUAUACACGGGUUUACGUUGUUUGCGCGAGGCAAGUCAUGAUGAUACCUUGCCGGUGUCACCGUUUGCGCCGUGUACCGGUCUAGGAUAUGUAUUGAGAGCUGCGGGUUACGAUGGGUCGGAAUGCUGCGCUAAAAUUAGUGGUUCUUAUGUAUUAAAGGCGUUGAAAGGCGUGGAUAAAGGAUUAUUGGGCAUAAUAUACGACCUCGCUGGAUUCUGGGCUUUCUAUUGA